AUGAGGGAACAAACGUACCCGCGGCCGACGGGCGCUAAAAACACUUCCUGCUGGGCUGCCCAAGAGCGAAGGCAAUACUUCCACUUUCACCACGACACUUCACUAGCCUGGCGCACAACUUUGGAUGCCAAAGUCGCUCGCUAUAUUCACCAAAUUUCGAUCCACGGUUUAUGUGUCCCAAGCGAUUAUCCCGGAUCUGCAGAUAUCGUCGGAUUCGGCGUGGACGGAGUCCACGUAGCACCCAACAGUACCUUCUGCAUGCAGACCAAGCAAGUACUUUCGAACUUCGGCCUUGACACGGGAGGCUGGAAAACCUCCCGCCAUCCCCGCCUCCUCGGAGACACAACGGGAGAUGGCAACAAAGACCUCGUCGGAUUCGGAGAGAGCGGCGUCUGGAUCUCGAGGAACAACGGAAACGGCACCUUUCGACCCGCAGAAUGCAUUCUCCGCGAUUUCGGGGCGGCAGAGGGGGCGGGAGGAUGGGCUGUGGAGAAACACAUCCGGUUUUUGGCCGAUUUGAGGAAUGUCGGGCGCGUCGAUAUCGUCGGAUUUGGCGAGCGAGGGGUCUUUGUGGCUUUAAACGAAGGGAAAGGGACUUUCGAAGCCCCUCGUAUCGCCAUCGACGGCUUUGGGUACAACCAAGGCUGGCGCCUCGAUAAACACCUCCGCUUCCUCGCAGAUACCACAGGCGACGGGCUCCUCGACAUCGUCGGUUUCGGGGACAGCUUCGUUUUCGUAAGCGACAACCCACGUUUCCUUGCAGACAUGACGGGAGACGGGACGGUAGACGUCGUAGGAUUCAAGGGGUCAGGCGCAUUUGUUUCUUUCAACGACGGAUGUGGAUCCUUUGGCGCACCUGUUCAGGUCUCCACCGGGUUCGGUUGCGACCUCGGCUGGAACAAGAACCACCCUCGAUUCCUCGUCCCCGUAUCCCGCAACAAUGCCGCCGCUGACAUUAUAGGAUUCGGAAACGACGGCGUCUCAGUCGCAUUGAACAACGGCGAUGGAACCUUUCAGCCAUCAAAGUGCGUGAUCAAUGACUUUGGGUAUAAUCAGGGUUGGCGAGUCGACAAGCACCCUCGAUUUGUUGUCGACCUGAACGGAGACGGGCGCGGCGACAUCAUUGGGUUUGGCUAUAACUUCACAUUGAUUUCCUUCAGCAAUGGCGAUGGCACAUUCGGCCCCGUUCUCAAAAUCGCUGAGAACUUCGCACUCAACACGGGCUGGCCGCCAGACAGCACUGUUCGCUAUGUUGUCAACCUGAGGUAUUCGGUUCUAAGUUGA